UGCGGUGUCGUCACGUUGACAGGCAGCAGGUGAGCGGGCUCAGGUGAAAGCUCUUUAUCUCCAGACUGAGGCUGGAGCACGAGGACAGGACGCAGAGGACAGGACGCAGAGGACAGGACGCAGAGGACAGGACGCAGAGGACAGGACACACGAAAAUCCCUCUGCAAUUGGAGAAGGAUGGUACGUCCCGCGGUGCUUUUGUUUCCUGUGCGAGUAAAACUUCAGUCACUUCAAGGCUCCGUCUUCAUUGGUCCGUCCAGUGUUCCAUGAGCUCCCUCUAGGUGUCGACUGAUUGGUUCUUCAUUCCACUUGGAAGACUUGUCGGCCAAUCGUCCUCUGCCUGGCAGCGUCUCCCCUGCAGCAGUUUCCUGCCUCAACUGGGACAGAGCACAGCGACAGAGGGGAGAUCGAGCCGCACUGCAGCUGAAUCAAGGAUUCUGCACAAGUGAUCUCCAUCAUGGAGGUGCCCAGGACGCGACAGCCCUCCUUCACGUUGACGUUCCCCAAACCAGCCUCAUCUGCGCUGGCUUCCUUUGGAGCUUUACAGCAAGUCACCAACACAGAUUCAGUGAAAGAAACGCAACAGGAGACAGAUGAAGCCACGGGAAAAAAUGAAUCUGGAGAAGAGACAUUCAGCGCAGAAGCUGAGGAGUCUGGUGUGUCUGUUAAAGCCCAGGCUGAGACCUCGGAACCUGUAGAUUCAAACUCAAAACUUUCCGCACAGGAUAGCUUCUCAGAGGAGACUUCAAUAUCGGAGGAGAGGUUAGCACAGGAGGAUGAAGAGGCCAAGAAAGACUCUGAAGAAGAGGAAGCAGCAGCUAAAGCGAGAGCAGCCCAGAGACAGCUGAUGGCCAUCGAGGAACUGGUCCAGUCUGAGAGGAAUUAUCUUCGACUGCUGCAUGUCAGCACAGUGACCAUCAGGGGCAACCUGCAGAAACUACAGCCUCCUUUAGCCAAUCUGGACAGUAUGUUUCUCUACAUUGAGGAUGUGAUUGAUGUGUCGAGUCGACUCCUCAACUUGUUGGACCAGAAGCAGGUUCGGCCUGAAGACCCUCAAUUCCUGGAGACACUCUGUGCUUUGUUCCUCAGCCUGUCUUCAGACAUUGAAGCAGCCUAUAAGGAAUACUUGGCCAACUACAACCACGUCACAGUGGUGGAAAACAGCUACAAACAGAAGGAGGGGCUCUGGAACGAGAUUGUCAAAGUCAUCAAGGCCUCAGCGCCUGAAGUGAAUGCUACUUCUCUGAGUUUCUUCCUGGUGAUGCCGGUGCAGCGGAUCGCCCGCUACCCUCUCCUCCUGCAGACCAUUCAGAAACACACGGAUCCGGCUCACCAUGCUUACGCAGUCCUGGAGCAGACCGCUCACACCUCUAUUGCCAUAAACUGUCGAAUCAAUGAGUACAAACGCUUCAGAGAAGUUGCUGACAAAUACAAGAAGACAGAAACCUUAACCAUCAAAGACAAGAUCAACCGUCUCAACUCCCACAGCAUUGCCAAAAAGACGGCGAGGCUCAGCCAGCAAAUCAAACACGAGACCGGAAUAGUUCAUAAGCUGGUCGAUGAGGAGUUUGACGCCCUGGAAGGUUUUUUCUACGUUCUGGAGCAUGGGAUACUGGAGCUGCUGGAGAAUGUGGAGACAUACCUGCACCAUCUACAAGGGUUCCUGGCCUGUAAAACAGAGGAGUUUGACUUUGACAUGGACGGAGAGAAGGCUCCUAUCUGCUACAAAGAGAUCACUACAGCGCUCAGACAGUGGAUCCUUCCUACGUUUGAGAAGAGGAUGAGGACGUUGAUUCACAAACCUCUGUGUGCACUCCGUGACCUCCUGGUGGGCCCGAGGAACCUGAUCAGGAAGAGGCUGGACAAGCUGCUCGACUACGAACUGAUAGAAGCCAAAUCUAAUCUGAGCUACGAGGAGCAGGCUGUGGCCAACACCUACAGGACAAUCAACACUCUGCUCCUCACUGAGCUUCCACAGUUUAAUAGUGUAGCUCUGCAGAUGAUCUGGAGCAUGUUGGGGACGUAUAGCUGUCUGCACAAAGACCUCGCAUCAGACAUGGAACAACUCUUCCAGAGCUUUGCACAACAGCUGCCGCACAGCUCGCUCAGCCCUGGUGCAUUCUGGGAGUGGGCAGAGUCCACGGCGUUGAAAGAGUCGAGGAGGCUGGAGACUUUGUGUCGAAGUAUAGAGGACACACUCAACUCGCCUUUCGUCCAGCCUCUGUGCCCAUCCUCUCAGCACCGUCUGAAGCAGCUAACAGACAAGCACGGUUCUGGAAAGAUCUACCAGGUGGUGGGAGCUGUUGUGGGGAGCCGUGACCUGGACCUGAACCUGGCCAAAGGGGAGCUUGUGGCCAUUAUCAGCGAGAUGGACACCCGUGGAGACAAACGCAGAUGGCUGGUUGAUGCAGGAGGCAGAAGAGGCUACGCUCCUUCCUCAAAGCUAAUUCGCUAUCACCAGCCAACAGAGGACCCACCCCCUUCGCCACACCUGACCUUGCCGGAAGGCGUGACGGGAAUCAGAAGACACUCCUACACCCCAGAGAGCCGGCCGCUGGCGGUCAUUAGACAGCCUUGCUUCCAGGUGUUGGCAGCCUACGACUUCACAGCCAGAGGAAGCCAUGAAGUUUCUGUUCGGGCCGGCGAGUCAGUCCGCAUCCUGGAGGCCCACGACAAACGAGGGAACCCCGAGUGGAGCCUGGUAGAGGUGAGAGGUGGUCAGAGAGGCUACGUGCCCUCCAACUACCUCACAAUCACGCCACUGGGGAUGGGACCACCUGGGUGUCACCACUGAUGGGAAGGAAGAGAGGGAUUGCACCUGGGGGAAAUACAGCAGCACGUACAGCAUCAGUGUGUAGAAGGCUUACAGCAGUGUUUUUGUAAUGAGGCUGCACCUGCUUCUUUAAGCUCAUAAAACAAAAGCAAGUGUAGUAACUACAUCAUGAUAAUCGGUGAUUUAGAUUUUCUUGAAAAAUGCCAAACUCUCCUCAAAGCGUUUUGAGUCAAUCUCAUAAUGAAAGCAAAGGAAGCUUGUUUUUAUUUUCCCAAGGGAUCAUUUAACCGUCAUUUUCCAAAACCAAAAACAUACUUUGCUGAAGUGAAGAUACCAGAAGUCUUGCCCGAUGCCGUGGACAAACACUUGAAGAUUUAAAAAAAAACAGUGACAACUCUCUGCGGUGCCUCGAGCUAAACUUUCAAAAUGACUUGAAGAACAUCUCAAAAAACAUUUAUACAUUUGCACUAGGGUUUCAGUUUGGACAGUAGCACCUGCAGAACACUGAGAGUGUUCACAUGGAAGGAAAAGCUUUGAAAUACGAACAGUGUUUGGCUCCACAGAAUAUUAUAUAUAGUUAAUAUUUGCCAAGUGAUUGAUGUAUGUGACACACUGGGGAAACUAAUGAAGGAAGCAGCAGCCCCAGCGCUGGGAGUCGUACAGUACGGCGCCUUGCUCGUGGACACCUGGGAGGGUUGCAGAGUUUGCUUGCGGCCACUGCAAAAUCUUUAUGGAGGAUGUUCAAAAGCAUCAGACGAUAAGAAAAUGAUUUUGAAGGUGAGCAGCGUUGGUCUGAGCUCGAAAUGAAGAGAGACGUUCGGACACGACCACCCUCAACUGAACAGAAAAAGACUCCGUAUGUCCCUGUGUUGGCAAACUAACUGCAACGCUUACACACCCUGAGUGUGUGUGUGCAUCUGUUUGACAUGAAGCUAGGCUGACAGGUGUGUGUGUGUGUGUGAAUGUGUGUGAAUGUGUGUGUGUGAAGUCGCCUCCUCCUCACCUGGAGGCAGGAUCAGCACUGUAUCAAGACUGACAGGUACACAACGCUCUCAUCAUCUCAGACUGUGUAAUGUGAUGUAAAUGCAAAAUGUCUCCAGGCCUGAAAUAGACAGAGAGACAGAGGGAGCGAGUGAGAGAGAGGAGGAAGUAGAGAUGCAAGGAGAGGAGGGAGAACGAGUCCAAGUGUUUCAGGAAAAUGGAAGAAAGACCUGUGGAGGAGUUUCUCUGUUAGUUUGAAUAUUUCCUCUUCAGCCUCCUUUGUUUUUUCCCUUUCUGAACACAACCCUGACGUGAAUUCACUCAUCGCACAUUCACCGCUGCGUUCGUGAAGGUGAAGUGUCUCUGUUCCCUCAGCCCUCAUUACUGUAAGAUUUACUCUCCAUCUCGGCUGAAAAAGUUUUCAAACGGGAUGAAGAUGACCUACUUCUGUGUUCACGGACACCUGAUGAUGGCUGUUGCCAUGGAUACUGUUCAAUCAAUGCAGCUCGCGUCUCACCGUGGCGUUUCCCCCAAGUUGAGUGGACUGUGAAAGCGCUCCGGUGGAAAUCGGGUUGUUUUAGUCGGAUUAGUUAAAACUGUUCCACUUCAUUAUGUCGCAGUGCUCCGUACAUCCGGCAGAGCAUCAAGAGGUUUACACGCGAGACUCCGCAGUGAGUGUCUCCUCUUUGUAUAUUAACAAACACUCUCAGUACUUUUAAAAACAGAGCAAAGAUCUGUCUCUUGACUUAAUAAUAAUGAGACAUUUAUCCAGAUAAUUAUGGGUUGAGAUGAAAUCUUUUACCCUGAUAGAAUUUGUAUAGCGUUAUCAUUCCAGCCCUCACAUGUAAUGUGACCGUGGUUUCUCGAUGUGAUGAAUCCGCUUGACGUUGCAGUUCAUCUCACCUCUAUGAAGCUUUAAAGAAACCUCUCUGAUGAGUAUUUGAUGUAGUUCGAGCGCUCUCGUGAAUCUUCUCUCUGGCAACAGCGGACAUUGUCUUUCGUAAAACUUCUACCUUAUUAAAUACUUUUCACAAAAUUAGAAACAUUAACAUCCAGCAAAUGCUGACUUCCAAUGACCAACUAAUAACGCAAUGAGUAUUUUAGAAACACAAAUAAUACAAUAGUAUAAUGACCUCCCUCUUGUUACAUGAGAGUGUUUUGUAUAAUAUCGAGUCUCCUACUGUUUCCUGAAUUGCUGCAUCCGCUGCUGUGGAUGGGAAGCAGGAAGAAGGAGGCUGGGAUCAGGAGCUGCUCAGCUGGAGCUCAGCUUCACCCAUCAGCCUGAAUGUCAGGACAGAGCAGAGCAGCAGGAGGGAGAGGGAGUGUGUGUGUGAUGAUACUUAAAUACCAAAUGUCCUCAAGGUUAGUAAGAUGAAAGAAUAUGAAGAAAACCCUCCAACCUGAGAACAUUUUACCUGCGCUCACCCUUUCAAAGGCCACUUCAGGGGGAAGGAAGAAAUUCAGCUUUUAAAUGUUAUUAAUCAGACAUUAAUUCAUUUUAAUUCAGUCGUAUUUAGUGUAUUUUGUUUUUAAUUCCGGUUUAUUGCAAAUGAAGCAUGUGAAACUGCCGAAUGUACAUUUUUAAUAGAGUAUUUUCUUUUUGUCUUGGAAAGCCUGACCAAAAAUAUAGAUGGUGUAAAAACUUAUCUGUUUACACACACACACACACACACACACACACACACACACACACACACACACACACACACACACACUCUGUGAUUGUGCCUUGCCAAACUUGUUUAUACUUAUUCACCACACCACCAGAGGGAGUAUGAGACGUUGGUUGUGCUGGCUGAGGGAGCCUUUGUAUGUCAGCAUGCAACUGGAAAGAGUGUGUGUGUGUGUGUGUGUGUGUGUGUGUUACCUCCAUCUUUACUUUACCGUUCGUCAGUAUUAGUUCUUUGAGCUCACAGUCGGCUUCUGUACAUUCUGUUCAUGUUUAGUUUAUGAUUUUUUAAUAAUUAAGCUUCUGUACAGGCUUUGUGUUUUUAAGCAAAUUGCUUUGUAAAUGUGUGUUUCAUUAAGUGUCAAGAGUUAAAUUAUUUUACGCCACAGAGCUACAAGAGAUGAAGUCUUUUUAAGUAUUGCCAAAGUUAUGAUGUUGAACUCAAUCACACACACACACACACACACACACACCAGUUGAGCAUUUGUGCAGAGCAGCAGUCAGCUGUGAAUUGACUGUGGCUUUAAUAAAACUAAAAGAAACC